UCUCUUUCUUUCUUCUUCGUAUGAUCGCUCUCUGGUUUUUACUUCUUGAUCUUUAACUUGAUCUCGCAUGGCGAUGGAUACUCUCUACGACUACCAAAUAUGGCAACCUGAAGAACACGAAGAUGACGUUAAUGUUACCAUUUCCAAUUCUCACUUGCUUCCAUGUGACUGUUUCCUUUUCCACCUUCACUUUCGCCAUGUUCUCCAGUCAAAUCAUCCUCAAGAAUUACAGAGACUCCUAAACUCGUCUCUAUCUUCGUUCUUGAUACCUUGUGAUGCAUUUUUCGCCAGUGGCUUCAGUAUCCUGAUCGCGGUUUUCUCCGACACCGGCGUCGCUCAAGACUUCUUGGACGCGGCGGUACCGGACGUUCUGUCCGUCGCGGCCGAUAUAGCAUGCAAUCCUCUUAAUGCUGGCCGUCGGGUACUUCCGUUGGCGGUGUCCGUUUUAGCCGUUUCGCCGUACAAUGAACGCGAGGAAAUUGGGCGAGUUUUGCGGGAAUCCUCGCCGCAAGAGUUUAAAACGUCGCCGGCUAGUGAGUCGGCAAUCGAAGGGUUGAAGACGGUGGAGAUUGAUGUCGGCGGAGAGUUGUUGAUUGGAGAAUGCAGAAUAUGUUUGGAUGAACUAAUGAACGGAAUGGAAGUUACGCGAUUGCCGUGCGCUCAUUUUUACCACAGAGACUGUAUCGUCAAAUGGCUGGAGACGAGUCAUUUGUGCCCGUUGUGUCGCUACGCAAUGCCACUAAGCUGAUCGGUUUCAAAAUUUUCCGGGAUCAGUGGUCGUACAUGAUAGAAUUGAAUUUACAACAGGAAAUGCAGGGAGAUGAUGAACCAAGCUAGCUUUUGUUACUUUUCAACUUAGCUGAUAUCGAGGAGUAGGGAAAUAAGGUGGACUGGUUCUUGAAACACCAUGACAUUGAGACAUUGAGAAUCUAACAGAUAACUGGAUGGGACAUAGAAGUUCGUUUUGGAGAUUUGCAAUUAUCUUAGGAUGACUGAUGAAACCGCUUCAAAUCGUCGACUGUGUUUUCGAAGAUAGCUGAAUCAGAGAAUAUUUUGAUGGAGCAAACAACCAGAAUGGCAAUUAUCUUUGGCCAAGGGAAAUUUGGAGGAUAUUCACACAGUAAAAUGGAGAUGGCUGGAAGAGAGACAGAGAAAGCAGGAAGCUGGAAUAUCACUGGUUGCAUACUGGCUCCAUCAGAAAUGUCUAUGCCAAUACAUGGGAAUCCGAGGUUAGUUCAUAACUUUUUUGUCAUAAAUGAAGAACAAUUCUUUAUAGAUGAGGUUGAAUUUCCUUUACUUUUUGAUAUGCAGUCAGGGUAGUUGAUCAAUUAGUUGAAAUAGAUAUAUUUGGAAUUCUGUUUGGUUGGAGAAAAUUUUAGGAUUAGAAACAUAUAUGGCCAAAAUGAACUGAACGUCCUUUCCUUCUGAGAACUGGCAGAAGACAAUCAUGUGAGAA